CAUUCUGGCAUCAGUGAAUUUAACGCGCGUUCGCUUAGCUUAAUUCAUCUCAGUUACAUCAGGUUGAAUUUGGACGAAUUGCCUGCGUGUUUGGAUAUUUAUGCUAAACAUUUUGGAGUUUAAAUAUGUUCAUGCAUGUAAAACACAUGCGAAAAACAAUGUGCAUUUAAAAGUUCAAAAUUGUAAUACCUAGAAAUUCUGAUUACGUAACUGUUCUUGCGAAUCCAGAGAGUUAUCGGUUUGUUUACCUUCAGAUUCAUCAAAACUGGAUUACUCUGUGUAUCGUGACUUGAUGCAAAUUUAUCAGUUAAGAUUCUAGAUAGAGUAUUCCUAUUUCAGAAACACCGCAGGAUUAUCAAAAUGGUAAAAAUAGCGUUGCAAAUUACAUGCAGACUGGACAACAUCGAGGAAUUGAAGCCAUCAGGACAUGAAUUUAGAUGGUGUUUGAAAUUCACUUGUGGCAACUGUGGCGAGACAUCAGAUAAGUGGAACUACGUUUCCUUGGACGAGUCUAUUCCAGUGCAACGAGGCAAUGGUGUCAAUCAUUUUGUGAGCAAGUGCAAGCUCUGCUCCCGGGAAAACUCCAUGACGAUAAUAGAGGAUUCCAUUCAAUCUUUUAUUGCUGAUGAUCAGGGAAAAUUCAAAACAAUUGUUAAAUUUGAUUGUCGAGGAAUAGAACCUUCAGACUUCUCCGCAAGAGAAGGAUGGAUCGCUAAAGCUGCAGAGGGAGGCAAAGAGUUUGCAGAGGUAGAUUUGAGUGAAGGUGAAUGGGAGGACUACUGUGACAAGAUUAUGGAGCCUGUUGGAAUAUAUGAGAUCAAGCAUAAAUUUGAGAAAAUCAAGUAAAUCAUGCUUUGAUAACAUUAAACAUAUAUUUGGUUUAUCUAAACUUUUUCAUAAUUAUUUUUUAUCAAUGAGAUAAAUGCAUCUCUUAUGUGUAAAUAUGUAAAAAUAUAUAAAAAUAUAUUUAUAAAUUAUAUACAAUUUUCAUGCUAUUUUAUAUAAUUUUUGUUUGUUUAAAUCAUUAAUAUUAUAAUUGUAUCAUUGCAUUGUGUUAAUCUUGAGGUCGUGCGAACUAUGUCUGCAAGAGUUUCUAUCAAUAGACCCACAUGUUUUCCAUCUGUAAUUAAAGAAUUACUGAUUACUGUUUAGAAAAAUUAUUUUUGGAAAAUCACAUUUAGUUAAUCGUAUAAUAAAUUAUAAUAAUUCUUCGUAAUUUGAACUUGUGGAAAAUUUUGUUCCGUUCCUCUCUAUGCAUGAGAAUAAGUAUAUCACUAAAUAUGCACACUUGUAGAUAGCAAUUACUCAAUGUGUUUCUGUAGACAAGCUUACACAAUGUGAUAGAAAAAUUACUGCUUUUAAUAAAAAUAUCCUCUUAA